AUGGCCCUCAUGGCUGUCUCGCCCGCUGGUGGCACAGACCUCAAUCUCUCUCCAUCUUCAAUAACCACCAACUGCAACUGCGACUCCAGCCCCGCUCAUGGUGCCCUCAGCGCAAGCAAGUCGAGCAAAUCAAACAAACCAAGCAAAUCAAGCAAAACAGCGCGAAACACAGUUCAUUGGAAUCAAGACGUACUCGAUUCAUCCGUCAAGGAAAACGCUGAUCCCGAAGUAUCCCAAGGCAAACCAUUGACCAACACCUUCAACAAGGGCUUCCAGUGGACCCACCAGUCCCAAGAUACUCUUUUUGACCUCAGUGACAGAAAGUUUCGCGGCCAUCAACAGCGUCCUCAACUGGUGGCAGAGACGUUCACUGCUCCGGAGAUACUAGCCGAGUCAAUUGAUAGCCUCACGGCUCAUAACGACUCCUUUGGUGAUCACGACCUGGUAAAAGCUGCCAGAGCUCUGGAUCCCCAGGAGAACACCUUUGAAAAGCACAGGAAGAAGGAAUUUCAAUGGGUUCUGUCCCUGCCUGCAUCAGUCUGCUCAGCUCUUGACCAGUCCAGCCAGUCUUUGGAUAGUCAACUGGACAUUGCUAUCUCUUGUACCCCUGGCAAAAGUGACAGGCGGUACUUUGGCUGUAACCUUCUCACUUGGACCAAAGCAAUUGGAAGAGAGGAGCAGCUGCCUGGCGACCCAGACGACAGGUACUUACUUCUGGCAACGCCCAUUGAUCUGACACCGGACCGCAGCAAUACUACCAACCUAGAGAUCAGUUCGCACCAAUUUCGUGUCCUGGGACAGGAUAUCAGCGAGCUUGAAAUGGCAGCCUCCCAAGUGAUGAGCAGCCCUGCCCGCACUGCAAACAACGUGCUCGGCCGCGUUAAUACCACACCUAAGAGCGCGACUUGGUCCACUGCUGCCGACAUGUCAGAGGACAGCGACAACACCCUCACGAUCGAACCACCCCGGCGCGUUAUGACUUCACCCAUGAGCACGAUUGAAGAUUCUUUGGAAGAAAUUGACCAGCUCGAGGACGAAUUCGAGGCUCUGGCGGCAGCCACGCGUGUGGCCCAGAUCUCAAACACCGGAGGCAAGAAAUCUAGCAGUCACGUUGCGAACUACUCACCUUCCCCGAAGUCCGCAUCGAAGCCAACUACCACCGCCAGCAAGGCUACUUCCAAGGCAGCCAGCUCUGUGCGAGGCAAGCUAAGCGAGUCAUCGCCCCGUAGCUCAACGCCCAGAAACUCGUCUCUCAAGGCUGAGCCAGAGGCCGAGAAGAAGCCGAACCUUGCGACUACCACCAGGAAAGUGGCUCGACCAGCCAGUCUGGCCCCACCAAAGCCCUUGCAGCGGGCCACCAAGACCCCGACUCUUCCUACCUUUGAGCUACCUGGCGAAAGGGUCGCCCGAGAGCUGAAAGAGAAGAAGGCAGCCCGCUUGUCCAUGCAGGUCGACCCUCAGAAGCUUACGGAUGUCAAGGCUUCAUCCCAGCGGCCAGCUUCUUUUCGGUCUAGCAAGCCACCCACGGUUCCUGACUUUGAACUCCCUGGUGAAAGGGUCGCCAGAGAGCUGAAAGAGAAGAAGGCAGCCCGCUUGUCCAUGCAGCUCGACCCUCAAAAGCUUACCGAAUCGAGCCCCCCGCCUCAACGGAUCCGUUCCGUGAGGUCCAGCAAGCCACCAACGGUGCCUAAUUUUGAGCUGCCGGGUGAGUCGUACUCGCGCAUGAAGAAGGAGCGGCUCGCAGCGAAGCUCAAGGCCGAAGAGGAAGAGGUCCGUCAGCGACGCCAGUUCAAGGCUCGGCCACCACCUAGCAGUGUGGGCGCUCCCGCAAAUGUGCGCUCGACCUUUACUAGCCGUCAGCGUGAGUCCCAGGGUGGUCCGCCGGACCAACAGAGCACAUUCUCCCCAUUGGGCUCGUCACCGAGGUCUGGGGCAGCCAAACGACAGUCAGUCACGAUGUCACCGUCGGUGGCCCGGACAGUUAGCAACGCGUCCGCCACCACUGCACAGACAAACCGCGGCCGCACCUCCAGCGUCGGAUCAUCCCACUUUAGCGCGCGCGCGACUUCCUCCUCCAACGCUAGUAUCGUGUCAGCAAGCAAGCGUAGCCAGGUAUCCACAGAGGAGAUCGAGGAGCAGAAGGCCCGCGGCAGGGAGAUCUACACGCGGGACAACUCGUUUGGCCAGGACAAGGAGCGGGAGAAACGUGAGCGCCAGCAGGCGGUGCAGCUGGCGCGACAGAAGUACGCCGAGCAGAGCCGCAUGCUGGCCGCGAGCAAGCGCAUGAAGCAGCAGUCGUCGACUGUUUCCAAGGCGGGCGGUGACUAG